GGGAAAAAGGGAAUAAAAUAAAAAGAAAAAUAGAAACGGAAGAGGCAGAUAAAGAGAAAAAGAGGAAAACAGUGAAAAUUUUGGAUUUAUUAUAUAGAAAUACAUGCGUUGCGAUAAGGACCAGUGUCAAUGAGCAAUUUACUUCACACCUAAGACCUUCUCUCUCUCUCUCUCUGUCUAUCUAUCUCUUGGUCUUUGGAUGACACCCGCUCGUCUUCUUCUUCCUUCUCUCUUGCCUUUUCUUUUCCAUCUUCUUCUUCCUGUACGUUCACUUCUUCUCCUCCUGCUGCUUCCCACUGUCUCUUCGCCUUAAUUGCGAGCGCCAUAGAGGGAGUGAGAGAGACAAAUAAAAAAAAAAGAAGAAAAAGAGCAGAGCUGUUUUACUGCAGGAAAGUGUUUGGCUUUUGAACUUCUCUCUCUCUCUCUCCUCACUCUGGUCUUCUCUUUGGCCAUUGUUCAUCACAACCACUCUACCAGCCCCCUUUUUCUUUUUUCUCUUUGUUUUUUGAGAUCUGGGUUUCUGGGUUUCGAGAAGGAAGACAGAGAGGUAAACCACAUUGGCCGUAAAGUUUGAAACCUUUUGGGGGGGAAGAAGAGAGAGAAGCUUGAUGUUGAAGAUUAUAUGAUGAUGGUGGUGGUGGUAGAGUGAUUCAUGAGUGAAAAUGGGUUGGUUGGUUUGUCACUGAGAGAGAGACUGUGGAGUCACACUUCCCUUCCUUCUCUUUACCUUCGAACUGAAGCCUUUUUCUCCCCAUCUUUCCCUUUCUCAGUAGCUUUCUUCUUCCUACUCUCUUUUUUUUGCAUUUUUGUUUCUUCUUCCUCGCCCUAUCGCCUUUGGGUUUUGGUAACCUGUAGAAAUUAACUUGCAUUUUUGUCUCUUUAUUGUCCCCUUUUUUUCCUCUGUAACUUUCCCUCCUUCCUCUGCUUUCUCCGCCUUCCUAGAUCCACACCCCACUCCAAUUUCAACUGCAUUUUGGGGUCAGUAAAUGAAUGGAUUGCUCCGGGCCAGCUUCAUUCUAUAUGCAGCAGAGAGGGAUUGGCGGUUCGGGUCCAACCGGGCCACAGUCGGGUCUCAAUGUCUCCCCUUCCGGCGCCAUGAACCCUCUUUCCAACGCGGCCGUGCAGUUCCAGUCCAACAUGGGUGGUGGUGGUGGUGGCAGCUCAAUUGGGUCAGCAAUGCCAAUGGAGCAGCAGCAGCAGCAGCAAGCUUCAAUGUCGCCGCUUAACGUCGGCCCAACUUCGGCGGUGGCCCCAAUUGGGGAGCCGGUGGUGAAGAGGAAAAGAGGGAGGCCGAGGAAAUAUGGUCCCGAUGGGACUGCUUCACUGGCAUUGUCGCCUUCACUCUCCACUCAUCCUGGCACCAUAACCCCAGCCACCACUACCCAGAGGCGAGGCAGAGGCCGCCCUCCUGGCAGCGGCAAGAAGCAGCAACAGUUGGCUUCUGCUGCUGCUCCUCCUCUUGGCGACUGGAUAUCAGGCUCGGCUGGGAUUGGUUUCACUCCACACAUAAUCACCGUGGCAAUGGGAGAAGACAUUGCGACGAAGAUCAUGUCCUUCUCGCAGCAAGGGCCGCGAGCAAUAUGCAUCUUGUCAGCAAACGGGGCAGUCUCCACUGUCACUCUUACUCAGCCUUCAACUUCUGGAGGCACUGUCACAUACGAGGGGCGGUUCGAGAUCUUAUGCCUCUCGGGCUCUUACUUGCUAACGGAUAUCACUGGCUCGCGCAAUAGAACCGGUGGCCUGAGUGUCUCUCUCGCCAGUCCUGAUGGUCGCGUCUUUGGAGGUGGGGUUGGAGGGAUGCUCAUUGCAGCAAGCCCUGUUCAGGUCAUCGUGGGAAGCUUCAUAUGGGGUGGUCCAAAGACGAAGAACAAGAAAAGGGAAGAAGGGUCUGAACUAGGCGGAAGAGAAUCCGAGCAGCUGGCGAUUGAGAAUCCGGUGAGUCCAACUAGUGUCCCACCUAGCCAUCAUCAGAACCUUGGCGGACCAGCUUCUCCACAAUCGAUGUGGCCAGGUUCGAGGUCACUCGACAUGCACGGCCACCAUGACAUCGAUUUGAUGCGCGGAUGAAGGGGAUGGAGUUGUUCGAUCUUUACUCUGAUUCUGAACGCGCAAGGCUUGGCUCUCCUGUUGAUUUUUCGCCCAUGAGGGGGCGUGGUUUGUAUCUCAUUAUUUUGUAGCUGAUGAAUUUAACACAGCAGCCAGUGUAGUGUAAAAUUGGUAGGGGGUGGGAUCUAUCCAGAUCUGGAACGAAUUGAACUCAUUUGGUUGUUUGGAGGUUCUUGCAAAGUUUCUAACCGCUAGUUAAUGGCUAAUGCACAGCUUAUUGUUGAUCAUUGAUCUCUGUUGUUGCUUGUCCUUUCCCUAUGCUGCAUUCCUUUGUCCUGCUUUAAAUUCCUUUGUUUAUGUUUUAGGGAAGCAAAAUGUAUGCUGGAUAAUGUUCGAACUCUGGAUAAUUAGUUCCAUACAAAAUUAAAACAUUCUGCGUG